UGUCCCAUCGGCUCUGAGUGCCACCACCAUGCCCCACGGCAUUCCCAGCCUUCCCGGCAUUCCCAGCGGCGGCAUCCCAGCGGCAUUCCCGGCCUGGCAAUGAACGGCUUCAUCCCCGUCACCGGACCAUGAGCUCCCACCGCCCGCCGCGCCAUGAGGACACCGACGGUUCCCCAGCGCCCUUUUGGGUGCCCAAUGGCAACGUGGUGCCAGCACCCCCCAUGGCGGCACCUCCCGGGGCUGACCCCCCCCGCAUGGUCCCUGUCCCCAAAAUGGGGGUUCGUGCCCGCAUCGCCGAGUGGCCCCCCAAGAGGGACCCCCCCAAGGAGCCUCCUCGGGAAGCAGCGGGAAGCCGGGAUGCUCCUUGGAGCCGGAAUGCGGCUCCCAUCGGGCAGCAGCCCCUGGCGGGCGUCGCGGGUUUCAAAGCCCUGCAGCGCCUGGCGCGGCGGCGUUCCAAGGAUGUGGAAUUCCAAGAGGGAUGGCCUCGAUCCCCGGCCAAAGGUUUGGCACCGCUGCGACACCGGAGCAGCAGUGAGGUGACGUUGAGCGAGUGCGAUCCCGAGGAGCCGACGGAGCCCCGAGGAGCCAAACUGGGAGGAGGAGGUGGGAUAUUCCGGGAAUACGGCAGCACCUCCUCCAUUGACAUCCAGGGAAUCUCGGAGCAAAGCUUCUUUGAUAUGCUCAAUGAAUUCCGCACCAAGAAGCCCGAGCGGCGAGCGGCGAGCCCAGAGCGUCUCGGAGAGGCCGGUUUUCCUAUGGGAUCAUACCCCGGGAUCAAAGCAGAUGGCAGGAAUGGAGCUCGGGAUGAAGCAUUGACCCAAUCCAAGGAGAAACCCCGCCGGAGAUGCCCCAAAGGUGACGCCGGCGCCGAAUCCAUCUUCAGGAAGCUCCGGAACGCCCGGAACGACGCGGAACCGGAGGAGCCGCGGGCACCGGAGCCGGGCAGGAGCUGGUGGUGCCAGAAGAGCUUUGCCCAUUACGACGUCCAAAGCAUCUUCUUCGACCUCAACGCCGUGGCCACCAACCGCGUGGUGGUGGCCCAACGCCGCAACACCACCACGGGCGCCUCGGCUGCCUCGGCCGCCCCGUCGGGAAUGGGCUCGGAUCCGGCCUUUCCCGGCACCGAGGAUCCCAACUCGAAGGAGAACUUGGAGCACGACCUCGGCGAUAACACCAGCAACGAGCUGCUCCUCAGUUGUCCCCAUUUCCGCAACGAGAUCGGUGGCGCCGGCGAGCGCAACGUCAGCUUCUCCAAAGCUUCCGGGGGAUCUCCGGUCCUCCCCGUAUCCGAUGGGAGCUUCCCGGAGCCUAUCCUGGAUCCCCGGCCCACCAACGCUGCCAUCUCGGUGCUGGAGGUGCCCAAGGAGCUGCAGAGGAACCCCAACCGCCUCAAGCACUACAGCGUGGAGCACGUGGACCUCGGUGCCCGCUACUACCGCGACCACUUCCAUGGCAAAGAGCACUCGAAUUACUUUGGAGUGGAUGAGAAGCUCGGCCCGGUGGCCGUCAGCAUCAAGCGGGAGAAGCUGGAGGACCACAAGGACCACGGCCCCCAAUACCAGUACAGGAUCAUCUUCCGCACCAGUGAGCUCAUCACCCUCCGUGGCUCCAUCCUGGAAGAUGCCACCCCCACCACCACCAAGCACGGGACAGUGCGGGGCCUCCCGUUGAAGGAUGCUCUGGAAUACGUCAUUCCCGAGCUCAACAUCCACUGCCUGCGCUUGGCCCUCAGCACGCCCAAGGUCACCGAGCAGCUCCUCAAGCUCGAUGAGCAAGGGCUCUGCCGGAGGCACAAGGUGGGAAUUCUCUACUGCAAAGCCGGGCAGAGCUCGGAGGAGGAGAUGUACAACAACGAGGAGGCCGGUCCCCCCUUCGAGGAGUUCCUCAUGCUCCUGGGGGAGAAGGUUUGCCUCAAGGCCUUCAGCAAGUACGCGGCCCAGCUGGACACCAAGACCGACUCCACCGGGACCCAUUCCCUCUACACCACGUACCAGGACUAUGAGAUCAUGUUCCACGUGUCCACCAUGCUUCCCUACACUCCCAACAACAGGCAGCAGCUGCUGAGGAAGAGGCACAUCGGGAAUGACAUCGUCACCAUCAUCUUCCAAGAACCUGGAGCGUUGCCUUUCACCCCUCAGAACAUCCGUUCCCACUUCCAGCACGUCUUCAUCAUUGUCCGAGCCCACAAUCCCUGCACGGAGAACGUCUCUUACAGCGUGGCCGUCACCAGAUCCAAGGACGUCCCUUCCUUCGGUCCUCCCAUUCCCAACGGCGUCACCUUCCGCAAAUCCGACGUCUUCCGAGAGUUCCUCUUGGCCAAGGUGAUCAACGCGGAGAACGCGGCUCACAAAUCGGACAAGUUCCACACCAUGGCCACCAGGACACGCCGGGAAUACCUGAAGGACCUGGCUGAGAACUGGGUCACCAACACUCCCAUCGACUCCACUGGGAAGUUCAACCUCAUCUCCUUGGCUUCCAAGAAGAAGGAGAAGACCAAAGCACGGGUUGGGGCUGAGCAGCACAGCGCCGGGGCCAUCUCCUGGCGUGUUUCCGCGUUGGAUUUCGCCCGUGGAGCCGAGAUCUCUUGUGCUUUGGGAAUCUCCAAUGAGUUCGUGGUCCUCCUGGAUCUGGGAGCUAAAGAGGUGGUCUUCAACUGCUUCUGUGGGGACGUCAUCGGGUGGACCGCCGAUGCGGCCACCAUCAAGAUCUUCUAUGGCCGAGGGGACCAUAUCUUCAUCCGGGCCGGGGAAGGGGGUCCUGAGGACAUCAAGGAGAUCGUGCAGAGGUUGAAGGUGAUGACGGACGGCUGCGAGACGGUGGACAUGACCCUGAGGAGGAACGGCCUGGGCCAGCUGGGCUUCCACGUCAAGUACGAUGGGACGGUGGCCGAGGUGGAGGACUACGGCUUCGCCUGGCAAGCGGGCCUGCGGCAAGGCAGCCGCCUGGUGGAGAUCUGCAAGGUGGCCGUGGUCACCCUCAACCACGACCAGAUGAUCGACCUGCUCCGCACCUCCGUCACCGUCAAGGUGGUCAUCAUCCCGCCCCAUGAGGAUGGGGCUCCUCGGAGGGGCUGGUCCGAGUGCGUGUCCCUGGGCAGCACGGAGCCCAGGGAGGAGCCGGAGCGGGGGGGCUGCCCGGCGCGCCCCCCAUACCGCAGCAGCGCCGCAUGGCAAUGGAGCUCCUCGGCCUCCCACAGCACCAGCCUCGGCCCCACAGCGCCCCACGGCCGCCCCGGCAAGCAGGCGGUGCUGCCGCCCCAUGGCAAGAGGCCGCUGAGCUUCCCAGAGACACCGCAUCCCUCCUCCUCCUCCUCAUCCCCAUCGGAGCGGCCGCAGCCGUACCGGCAACCAUCGGGCAGCUUCUCCGCACCGGGCAGCACCUUCACUCGCUAUAAACCAUCCCCAGAGAGGUUUGGGGCAGCAGCGGAGCCACCCGAUGGCGAUUCCUCCUCGGGGGGGGUCAGCAGCCACGAGAGCACCAUGGAGCGGCACAACCCGGGUACGGUGACCCCGGUGUCCCCCCCCGAGGCCACCGGGGCCUUUAUGGUGACACCGACCCAACGGGGACUCAUUGCAGAGCCCCUGUGGCACGUGCCAGCGCAGCCCCGCUUGCCAACAGGCAGGAGAAGCAGCAAACAGGAGGUGGCCGGGAUGGAUUCUCCCAAGCGGCAUUCCAAGGGUGAGGCACCAUAUUCCAGCCAUUCCAGCACCACCACGCUCUCCAGCACCGCCUCGAGCGACGAGCGCUGGUUCGACAUUCCCGAUGCCACCGACGGCGCCGAAUUCCCGGAUCCUUUCCCCAAAAGCAGCGCCAACGACAGCGGCAUCGACACCCCCAAACCACCACCACCACCCCCCCGCCCGCUAUCCCAAAGGGAUAAGGGCCCCAAACCCAUAGGGGCUCCAGGGGACGAUGCCACCGCCACCACCAAGGGGGACCCAUCACCCCCCAGCACAAGCUACAGGCACAAAGCAGGGACCCCCCCCCAACCCAGUUCCAACCCACGGAUGGGGUAUCCUGGCUAUGGCACCCCCACAACUGAAGCCCCCCGGGGGGGGGCCCAGCUCUCAGCUUCCAUCCCCAAAUCCUUCUUUUCCAAGCAGCCGGUCAGGAAUAAACAAGCCACGGGCUGGAAAAGGGCUGAGGAGAAGCCUGAACCCCAAAAGUGGGUGAUGAAGUUGGGUGAGGAUGACCUCAAGAAGCUCAUCAUCAUGGACACCACCAGCCCGGAGCCGGAGCGCGCCCCGACCCCCCCCAAGGGGCUCCAGAGGACCCUGUCAGAUGAAAGCCUCUGUGGUGGGCGCCGGGAACCCGCUUACACCAGUGGGAGCCCAGUGCUGGAAGCAGAGGGGGGCUUUGGGAGCACGUACCCCUCCAGCACCCUGCCCAACCGCCGCCAGCACCCAGCCACCACCAACGGGGGCCUCCACGACAAGAAGGGCCCCAUCUCUGCCUCGGAGCUCUCCCUGCGCCGCGUGGAUCCCGGGAUGAUGCCGCUGCCGGACACGGCCACGGGGCUGGAAUGGGCCAGCCUGGUCAAUGCAGCCAAGGCCUAUGAAGUGCAAAGGGCCGUGUCCCUGUUCUCCCUCACGGAGCCGGUGCUGAGCCCCGACCUCCCCCUACCCCUGGAGAGGCCACGGGGGGGUGCGCCCCCCAUCAGCCCCCCCACAGCCUUGGACCUCCCCGAGAAGGUGUCGCAGCUCGAGGCCAUGCUAAAGCAGCUCCACAGCGACCUCCAGAAGGAGAAGCAGGACAAGGUGGUUCUCCAGGCCGAAGUGGCCAACCUGCGCCACAACAACCGGCGCCUGCAGCAGGAAUCGCACUCGGCCGCGCGCCAGCUCCGCCGCUUCGCCCGCAUCUUCUCCGGCACCGUGGACAAAGAGGAGCUGUGACCCCCCCUUGGGACAAUGGCAUUCCAUAGGGAACACCGUCAUUCCAUAGGGAGCACUGUCAUUCCAUAGGGAACGCCGUCAUUCCAUAGGGAACAGUGUCAUUCCAUAGGGAACGCCGUCAUUCCAUAGGGAAUGCUGGGAUUCCAUAAGGGACCCUGAGGAUCUCGCAUCUUCUUCAGCACCAUGGACAAGGAGGAGCUGUGACCCCCCCCUUGGGACACUGGCAUUCCAUAGGGAGCACUGUCAUUCCAUAGG